AUGCCCGAGCGGUCGGCAACGGUCGUGUCCUACGCCGCCGGGGCCUCGCUCGCGGCCGUUGCGCUCAUCUACGUCUUCGGGCCGACCUUUACCAUCGACCACGACUCCGGCAACUCCUCGCGCAAGACGACGAUAGUUGGCCUGCGCAACCAGGCAAACGACUGCUUCAUCAACUCGGUCCUCCAGGCCCUCGCCGGGCUCGGCGACCUGCGCGUCUACCUCAUCCGCGAAACCCACCGCCGCCACAUCGAGGACCCGGCCGUCUACCAGAACCUCGUCCAGCCGCAGGCCGGCGCCAGGCUCGAACAGUGGAAGCUGCAGGGGCUGCAGGAGGGGCUCGUCACCCGCGGGCUCAAGGACAUGCUGGACGCGCUUAACGAGCGGCCCAUUGCCAGGAAGUCCAUUUCUCCCUUUCCCUUUGUCAAGGUCCUCGAGGCCGCCUUCAAGCAGCGCAUCAGCAGGCAGCAGCAGGAUGCCCAGGAGUUUCUUCAGAUUGUGGCCGAGCGGCUCAAGGACGAGUACCGCGCUGCCGUCGAUGCGCAACGGCCGCCGGACCUCGCCGCCACCAACGGAGACGACGCCGAGCCUGAGCCCAAGGCACAGGCGCCAGUCGUGGCCGAGCCCGAGGUGGAAGAGAGCUUCCCAAUGGAAGGCAAGUACGAGUCUCACAUAGAGUGCCUGGCCUGUCGGUAUCGGACCAAGCCGAGGGAAGAGAGCUUUUGUACCCUGACGCUGGCCGUGCCGCACGUGUCGUCGACGUCGCUCAGUGCCUGCUUUGACGGCAUCUUCAAGACGGAAUUCGUCGACGACUUCAAGUGCGAAAUGUGCCGGCUCGUGCAGGCGAAAGCCACGCUGGAGCACGAACUCGCGCGGUCUACGUCGGAUGGAUUCAGGGCGCAGGCCAAGGACAGCAUCGAAAAGCUCGCCGCGGCCAUUGAGACGGACCCCGAGCAGCCGCCCGUUGGCGUGGAGCUGGGCGACAUUCGCUACGCGCCAAAGAGGCGGAUUGGCAAGACGACACGCAUGACCAUCUUCCCCAAGGUCCUGGCGAUUCACCUGUCGCGGUCCAUUUACGGCGUCGGGCAGAUGACGCAAAAGAACUCGGCAAAGGUUGCCUUUCCGGAGCGGCUGCCCCUGGGAGGUCUGGCGGACCAACACAAGUACAAGCUGCUCGGCAUCAUCACCCACCGAGGCGGCCACAACAGCGGCCACUACGAGGCCUUUCGACGACAGAACCAGCCCUCGCCCUACCACAACGCAAACACCUUCCAGCCGUCUGACAUUUACAGCAAGACAUCGACGCCCGUCUCCACGCCGAGGAUGGCGGCGGCGCGUCAAGCCGGCAGCCCGGCCACCUCGACGCCAGACCUCCUCUCGGCAUCUCCCGCGACCAACUCGUCGACGCCCUCGCUGGAGUCGAUGCCCGCCGCGCCGCGCAGCGUACCGCCCGAGAUGGGCUCGCCGCAGUCGGAUGCCAAGGACCGUGACGCCGACACGAGCAGUCUGCGCUCCGUCGCCGCCUCGACCAAGUCGGCGCUGUCGCGGCUAGCGCCUUCCAAGGCGGGCCAGGACAGCAGCGCGUCGCCGAGGAGCUCCAAGGCGCAGCAGGCGGCGCCGGCGAAGCGGGCCAAGAAGCGCAAGCCGGCGUCUGACAGGUGGUGGCGGGUGAGCGACGAAAAGGUGCGCGAGGCCAAGACGAGCGAGGUCUUGGGCAUGCAGCGGGAGGUGUACAUGCUGUUUUACGAGCUGGAGGAAUAG